CGGGAGUGCGCGGCGGUUCCGUGUCUGCUCCUCAGAGCGCGUGAGAGCACGGCAGGAAGAGGGUCGUCUCGUGCAGCUUCUGCACCUGCAGCACCGGGAUUUAUUAACGGACACACACCGGACAAACACCGGAGCACCGAGCUGAUCCUACCCGGGACCAUCACACCUGCUCCUGCUGCCCUGAACUACGGAGUGUGUGUGUGUGUGUGUGUAUCGCUGGGACUGGAUGAAGGUGUGUGUUCACCCGCCCACCGAUCCGUCAGCCCUCUAUCCCUCCGGCAGCCAGAGGAAAGAUCUGAUGAGAGAAGAGGAGACGCCCUGCUAUGGCCAGCGCAGCUGAUGGUGCAGGGUGUCUGUCAGACCUCAGCGUCCCAGUGUCGGAGCAUGGAGCCUGGGCCACGGCCAUGAACAACCUGGGCAUCCUGCCUGUGGGGCUCCGAGGACCACCGCUGCUCUCAGACUCAGUGUGUAUCCAGAGGUUCGACCCUGCACUCGGUCUCAUCCCUCCCAUCAACCCUCUGAUGGGGGGGGCCCUCAGCCUGGUGCCCCCCCCGCCCGUCCCCCCCGACAUGCCGAUCAUCAAAGAGAUCAUCCACUGCAAGAGCUGCACCCUGUUCCCCCAGAACCCCAACCUGCCCCCCCCCUCGACACGGGAGCGCCCCCCCGGCUGUAAGACGGUUUUUGUGGGGGGGCUGCCGGAGAACGCCACAGAAGAAAUCAUCCGGGAGGUGUUCGACGAGUGCGGCGAAAUCCUGGCCAUCAGGAAGAGCAAGAAGAACUUCUGCCACCUGAGAUACAGCGAGGAGUUCAUGGUGGACAAGGCCCUGUACCUGUCAGGGUACCGGAUGCGUAUCGGGUCCAGUACGGAGAAGAAGGACUCGGGGAGGAUCCAUGUGGACUUCGCUCAGGCCCGGGACGACCUGUACGAGUGGGAGUGUCAGCAACGCCUCCUCGCCCGGGAGGAGCGACACCGCCGUAAGGUUCACGAGGACCAGCUGCACCCCCCCUCCCCUCCUCCCAUAGUGCACUUCUCUGAACAUGAGGCGGCCAUGUUGGCGGAGAGACUGAAAGCAGACGACCAUAACUUCGGCGACGCAACGGCAGUGCUGUUCACCUGGAUCGACCGCGGCGAGGUGAACCGGCGCAGCGCCAACAGCUUCUACUCCAUGAUCCAGUCGACCAACAGCCACGUCCGGCGGCUGAUGAGCGAAAAGGCUCAGCACGAGGAGGAGAUGGAGCGCGCCAAGGAGGCCUUCAAGAACGCCCUGCUGGCCAUCCUGAACCAGUUCGAGCAGAUCAGCGCCGUUUUCACCGCCGCCACCAGGCAAAAGGCAUGGGACCAUUUCUCAAAAGCUCAGCGCAAGAACAUAGACAUAUGGCACAAGCAGUGUGAGGAGCUGAGGAACGCUCACAGUGAGGAGAUCAUGGGCAUCAGGAGGGAGGAGGAGAUGGAGAUGUCUGACGACGACUCGGACGAGAGUCCCUGCAAGAGGCUGCGCAGCGAGGACCACGGAGUGUGCGCCCCCCCAUCCCUGAACGAGGAGAACGACUCCCUGCGAUGGCAGCUCGACGCUUACAGGAACGAGGUGGAGCUGCUGAGGAAUGAACACACACCUGCACACAUACACACUCACAGUGCCGAGGCUCAGAUCCAGCUGCUACAGCAAAACAUGCACACCAUGCAGCAGCAACUGCUGGUCCUGCAGGAGAAGCUGUCGAGCAAAGAGGCCGAGCUGCAGGAGGCGAGGGAGGAGCGGAGCAGCCUGCAAGGGGAGCUGUGUAACGGGGAAGUGGAGAGUCCAGACGCAGAGCUGCACAACAAGAUGAACCGGGGAGUUCCCUCCCUGUUCCUGAGCAGAGAGAGGAGGAGGGAGGUGCUGAGAGGGGGUGUCGCGACGGAGAAGGAGGCUCUGCUGCUGGGAGUCAUCUCCACCUUCCUCCAUGUGCAUCCGUUCGGAGCAAACCUGGAGUACCUGUGGUCCUACAUCCAGAGACUGGACUCCAAGGUGUCGGCGGGGGAGCUGGAGCGCCUCAUGCUGCGCCUCCCCUCCAUGUUCCGGCAGGAGCUGAGCGGUGUCGGGGCGACUCUGGAGAAAAGAUGGAAGUUCUGCGGCUUCGACAGCCUCGGCUUGGCGUGACCCAGGGAGCACACACACACACACACACACACACACACACACACACACACACACACACACACACACUGAUAAUAUCCGUGUGUGUGCGUGCUCCCAAACUGCUGGUCUCUGAACAGGAAGCAGAAAGGACGGUUAUACCAAAGUUCAUCCCUCACGCAUUCGGCUAUGAAGAACUCCUUCAUGAGAGCUCGUUUUAUCCAGAGGUCUGGUGGAGACACAGGUCUAUCAGGGGUUAGGAAGCAGGACAGAGUCAUCAUAUUGUUUGGACAAUUCUCUGGUGAGGAGUUUGGUUAUUACAGAAAGGAUUGAGAUGAUGGGAAGAGAAGAAUACAAUCAGUCAUUCCACACUAUUUAUUUCCUCGUGUGAAGAAGCUCCGGAUCAUCCUGCGUUUAAGAGUGAGGAAAAACAGUCUCUGUUUAAAACGUUUAUAAGAGAUGAAGAGGAGCUGUGGGAUGAAGAGGAGGAAGAUGAACGUUUUGUCAUUUUCUCCAAAUCCUGUCAGAAUAUUAAUGAUGAUUGAGUGAUUUUGAAGGGAUUCCUUUCUUUGUGUUUUUCUUAUUUUAAUA